AUGGGCGAAAAGCGUCGAAACUCGGAGUCUGGUCCCGCAGAGACCAAGAAGAGCAAAAGCAGCGAGGAUGGCGUUGUCUACAGCGAGCAGGACGCGGAAAAGCUGAUCAAACAGGUCGAUAAGCUGCAAAAAACCCUCCAGAAAAUCAUCAAGGUGGCACCGACCGUGGAGGUGUUUCAAAAGACCAUUCAGAGCAGGAAGAAGAUGGAUCUGGCGCUGCUGGAAAACCCCAAGAGUGAAUUGGGUGUGGAAAUCAGAGACAUUUACGAGAAGGGCGGCUCGGCGAUUCUGAGCCGGAUCCUGGGCCAGGAAACGGCGGUACGACAGGAGGUCAGCAGUAUAUCUGCCCCCAGCGUCAGAUACACCCCCUCGUCGAUAUUGAAGCCUCUGAUGACCGUGGAGUACAGGGGCAAGAGCUGGCCUCCUCUGAUUCCCGAGAUCAAGGACGGAAUGCUGUUUAAACGAGUGUUUACACACAGAUCCAUGCUGCUAGGAGACACGGGGACUGCUUCUGAGGUUCAUAAGACGGCCACCAAGGCCGGGUAUGACCAGACGGGAAACUUCUCCUACGAGCGACUCGAGUUUGUCGGUGACUCCAUUGUCAACAACAUUCUCACCAAGAUCAUCUACGAUGUCUUUCCUGGAGACGACCAGUCUCAUCUGUCGUUCCUGAGAGGCCAGGUGAUUGCCAACAUUGUUCUGUGUCGAUGGGCAGCCAUCUACGGCUUCCCUUCCAAGCUGCGAGUGGCGUCAUCCGUGCUGUCACCCGAACAACUGCAUAUUCUCACUGUUUCCAUUCUCAGUCCUCGAACUCUGGGCGCAGACGCUAACAUGUGGCUCGUCAAAUACACAUUCCCCGGAGGCUACGCGGCCGAGUACGAAAAGUGGUACAAGAGCCUGGAGGUGAAACCCAAGAUUGACGAGGCUCUCUGUGGACGUAAGAUUGUCGCAGAUCUGUUUGAGGCCUACGUGGCGGGUGUCUACCUGUCUUAUGGAGCUGACGGAGAAGCUGUUCUUACCAAGUGGGUUUAUGAACUGGCCCAGCCUCUUCUGGAUGCCAUUAGACAGGAGGGAGGCUCCAUUUCGUCCAUGGCUGAACAGCAGCACGGCAUGAAGAAACCCUUUGACGGAACCGCCAAGAAUCGGCUGUAUAUUCUCAUUGGCUCGGCUUCUCUGGCGCCCGUCUACAACGUGGUCAACGAAGAAAAAUACCCAGAUGGAUCCGUCAUGCAUACCGUCACGUGCUCCAUGGGCACCGAGAUUCUCGGCACCGGCAAGGGCAAGAACCUCGUGGAGGCUGGAGCUCGAGCUGCCAUGGCUGCUCUUGAUAACACUCCGGCCAUGGACAAGUUUUCCGGACUCCGAACCUCUCAAGCUGACAAGCUGAGAAAGAGAUUCAAGUAG